AUGAGUUGUGCAUUGUUUGCCUGGAAUUGCAAACGACAAAUAAACAGAUUGACCUCGAGAGCUAAGCCUGUUAUGCCAGUUGAAAUAAUUAGAGAAGGUAACCUUUCAUCGCCACAACAACACAUGAAGCAAUUUGAAAUUUCUCAUGCAGAGGACUUCAUGAGCACACGGAGUAAAGUAAAUUUUCCGGGACUCGUAGAGCGACUUAAAACCCGGAGUAUCGUAGAUUAUAUCAUCCAAAGAGUUCUACAUCUCCAAGAUUUUAUGGACGCCUUUACGGAAAGAUGUAAAAACAAAACGGUAGAUAUCCUGGCUUUCCUUUGGUCCACCAGUUUAAAAACUGAAAAGUUUAUAGAAGUAGAGAAAAAAGAUGAAUUCUUUGGAAUUAGACUUAACUGCUCAACACAUGGACAAUUUGAUAAGGAAUCUUUCGGGUUUUAACCUUGAAGUUGACAAGAUCGAAAGAGAUGGGAACUGUUUUUUUCAGAGCAGUUGCCUCACAGCUCAAUAG